CGUCUCCUAUCUGAGGAUGAAUGGGUCCAGUUCUGCCGCGGAGUCGGCGUGUUCAAGGAUAACGACGAAAGCCACACGGUGAUCCGGCCCAAGGCCUGGUAUUGGCCCGUCAAAGGCUUUCCAGACGGACUUUAUCAGGACGUGUUGUGGGGAAAGGUCAAGUCUAAUUACUGGUAUCAUAUCCUGAGCACCAUUCGCUGGACGCUCAUGAUCCUCCAAAUCGCCAUGAACGCCGUCUUAACGGCGCUAGGCUCCUUCGCCACGAACUCCGGUACGGCCAUCACAGUGGUGGCGGCUGUCAAUACGUGCAUGUCCAGCAUCCUAGCAUUGAUGCACAACAGCGGCCUGCCGGACCGGUACCGGUCAGACCGCAAUGAAUUCUACAAGCUAGAACAGCACAUGAAGGAAAUCAUCGACGCGCGGCUCGUCACGCCCCCAGAAGUUACCGUUAUGGACGUCAUGGCCGACUGUUUUCACCGCUUUAACAACGCCCGCCAGACGGUUGAAAACAACAUCCCCUCUUCGUAC